AUGUCGGACUAUGGGCGCAUCCACUGCCUAGUGGUGGCGACAAAAGGCGGCCACGUCGUCUUUGAACGCUACUACGACAGGUACACUGAACUGGAGAAGGCUGAGAUCCGGGAGGCGUUCCAGGCGGCCACCGACCACGUCAACCUGGCGCACGACAACCACGAGUUUGUGGGGGGUGCGCCGUUUGUGCUGCUGCCAACCACAGACCUGGUGUUCUACGCGCUGGGCUGCGGCGAGUACGACGAGAUGGCGCUGUCUGGCGUGCUGCGCGUGGUGAUGUUGUCCAUCGCCGAGGUGGUGGGCAAGCCCCCUACUGAGGGCGUGUUCUUUGAGAAGUAUGCGCGCAUCAGUGUGGUGGUGGACGAGGUCGUCAACGAGGGCAUGCUGGAGGCGGUGGACCGUGACGCCGUCAGGAAGGGCGCCAAGGGCAAGGGCUACUGGGAGUGA